GUCUUACAGUCUUGUAUUGAUCUAUAAAUGAUUAAAAAUGGUUAAACCACUGGAUCAAAGGAAAUUUUUUCUCGUGUCUCUACCAAUAUCAACAAACAAAACAGCUUAACCAGCAACAUUAACAACCUUAGCAACCCUAUCAACAACAUUCAACAUUAUGUUUUGGUGAUGAUGUUUUUAUCAAAUUGUGUUUUUUAUUAACAAGGAUGAUGUUGAUAGUGCCUUAACAUUUAAACAUGCAGUGAAUGGAGGUCUUACGGUAGCAAACCAGAGAAUGGUGAUCAAUUUAUCUGGUGCUCUAAUGAUCAAUUUAUACUUCUCAUUGGCCUUGUUGGAGACUUUACCUAAACAUCAUUUUCUUACAACUUGUACCAAUUUGUUUUUAAAAAACCUUUCCUAAUACCAAAUUUACGGAUAAAUCAAUCAAUUCCAAGAAUCAAUUCAAUUGUUUAUCAUAUUACGAUUUCCUUUUUCACAAUCAACUAUAUAAUAUUUUUUCCUUUUCUCUCUUUUUCUGUUGAUUGUUCUUCCUCUCUCUGCUCUUUUUCCUCCCUCAGUUAACUCAUACGCCCCUCUUAAUCAAGCGUCUGGUUAACACAUUAUCAUUUAACAAUCAUAUAACAGAUAGAUUAACCUUUAUUUUAAAUAUAAUUAUCUUAUUGAACGGUGCAACGUUUCCAAGGGAUCUCAACCCGAUAAAUACAUCUCUACAAAAUAUCAAAUCGUGAAGUCAGGGAAACAAGAAUAUAAAAAAAACGCAGAGAAGUGAACCAACUCAAUUAUCAAAAUGAAUGAACAAUUUACCCGAGAUCAAACUGAAACCAAGCCUGCUUUACCGCCACGUUUAUUCAUCCGUCCACCACCUCGUAAACCAACUGUGAUCAAUGAACUGAAGCUGAAAGUGCCCUUACCUAGGAGGAUGGUAAACAAUCAAUCUGUUAACGGACCAACCAUUGAACUAUCUAAAUUAAUUGCACCGCCACCAUCCAAGGCUACAACAAGCCAUCGUGAUGAACAAGGGUGUAACAGUGUUCAAACACCAGGAUCAUUGAAUGAUAAUAGUAAUAUUAACUUUAAUAAUAUUAAUAAUAACAACAAUAAUAAUGGAAUUAUAGUGACCUCGUCAAGACUCACUAAUGAAAUUAAUAAUAGUAACAAUUCAAUUACUGGUGGUACUGUUGGUAAUAAUUUGGUGUCCUCUCAACUGAAACCCUCUCCUCCCCCUCCUCCUGUUUCUGAUCAUGGUUUAAUGAGUUCAAAUGGGUCACAAUCGCAUCACCAUCACCAUCAUCAUCAUCGCCAACAACAACAACAAUCAACAUCUCAACAAGCCUCAUCACAGUCAUCUAUAAGAUCAUAUCAACCAUCCAAUAAUCCAUUUCGAACAAAUGCUCCUAAUACCCUUUGUUUGAGUAAUAAUAACAAUAGUAAUAGUAACAUGAAUUCAUCUUCCUCCACUUCUUCUGCAUCUCCAUCACCUUCUUUUGCCAACAAUUUUUCACCGUUCUCUUCAUCAACUUAUGCCAUUGUUUCACCGAUAAAAACACAUCCUGGUAAACCAAGUUGGAUACCGGUCGCUAGUGGUACCAAUAGACCUCCGGCUUUGUCUCACAGCAAUUCAUUCCCUUACUUUGAUCCAUUCAAAAGAGACGCCAUUCAAGCCGUACAACAAUUAAACACGAAUCAUCAACAAAACCAACAUUCAAACUCAACCCGCUUGUUUAACUCUAAUUCAGUCCAAAAUUUAUCCUACUUUUAUUCAUCAGUUACCUCUCAAGUUAACAAUGAAGCAGUUCGAGAAAUGUUGGAAAAAAUAAGAAAACUUGGAGAGUUGGAAAAGCUACCCAACGAAAAUCUUAUCGAUCUCGGGCCAAAUUAUUCUGUUAAUCCUCAAGAUGACCUGUUACACUUAUUUGAUCCCUUAAUGAUUAGUGAGGGAAACGAUCAAGAAAACAGCGAUUCAAUUGAUAGUGAUCAUAACCAAAACUCAGAUGAGGGUUCCAAAGAAAUUUCAGAUGGAUCUUCAUCCCCACAAGAACCAAUCUCACCUCCAACGCCAAUCAGAGUGGACUCUAUAGAUUCAACAUCAAGUCCAAGUGAAUCUUCAGCGACUACUCCUUCAAUAGCAUCUCAGUUGACAGUUUCAUCAGAAAAUGAAAAUGGAUCAAAUAAUAUUUUCAUUAGCAGUAACAAUACAAUACCAGCUGAUGACAAUUUCCGUGUGCGCUUUAGAACCUCGCGAGCUGAUCCAGAAUUGAUCUCUUUUGCCCAGAAAGUCUAUUUAAAUCGAAAUAAAUUUGCAUAUAGUGAUAAAUUAACUAAUCCAGGAUUCGUUGCAAGCACUAGAUUGGAUUAUCAAUUAGAUUGUACGUUAAGUGUUAAACUUCAGAUAUACCAUAAAUCAACGGAAUCACCGAUAUCAUUUACCUGUAAUGUUAAUACCUCUGUUGAACAUGUUGUUUGCCAUGCAGUUUGUUCAAUUUUUGAGGGCACAAAUGGGAUUAAUUUUGACGAAUUUGUGCUGAAAAUUAACUCUCUCAAUGAAUAUCUGACCAAAGAUUCAACUCUAGCAGAUUAUGCUUACAUUCAUCAAUGUCACAUGUUUGAUGAAGAUGUACGGUUAACAUUGAUUAAUACAAAUGAAACUUGCCAUAAUAUUUAUGCACGAAAUCAUGAGGAUGAUGAAUCUGUGACAUCUCUUUCGCCAGAUGACUUACUGCCUCAACCAUGUGUAUGUAAAUUUGGAGAAAUCAAUCGAGACAUGGUUAAUAUUUUACUUGAAACAUUGGAAAAGGAAAUUAGUAAACUGGUCUUUAAUUCUAGUAAGGAGAGCAUAGUUAAAACGAUAAAAGGUGUUAUUCAAGCCACAAAAGCGCUAUGUUCACUGUUUGGUAACUGUGAUACACUUCAAGUUACUGAAGCAAUUGAAAAUCUAUCCCAACUUUCUCUAGUCUAUGAUCAAUAUAAAAAGCGUGGUGAGAUUAUAUUAAAUCAAUUGAGUGAAGAGCAGCUUCAAGUAAUCCAUAAAGAGGUUUUCCAUCACGCAAUUGUCAAAUUAAAACGAGCUAUACGAGAAAUGAUUAAUUUAUAUUGCUCAACCUUUCCUGUUGAUUUCGAGUUGAUUCCUCAAGAAAAUCUAGACACUGAACCCAAAACGCUUAAUGAUGAAUCCAAGUCACCUUGUUCGUUAUCGCAAAUGUCUGAAACACUUUUGGUUUAUGUUGGCACCGUUAAUUGUCUUUCAUUUGAUUGGAAAAUGAGAUACAGAGAAUUUUAUAUUUCAUGUGAAAUCUGGUUUGGGGAAAAUUUAAUAGGUAAUUGUAAAACCGGACGUGUACCUGUUAGCCAAGGACUUUUCCAGAGACUGGUUUUUAAUGAAUUGUUACACUUUCAAACUGUUCUACUCUCUUCACUACCUCGAGAGUCUUACCUUUAUUUCAACUUAUAUGGCAUUGAAUUUCCCUCAUCAUCAUCUCUCUCUUCCUCCUCUUCGUCUACAAUAACAUCAACAUCAAACGCAAUUCCUUCAGAUCAGUCUUCGGCUAAUGGUGAAAAGAAAACACCCAAGUUGGUUGCACUAAGUGUUCUCAAGCUUCUUGAUUUCCAAGAAAAACUGGUCCAAGGAUCCGUUCUCCUUGGCAUGUGGACUGGAGAGAUUGUCAGUAAAACGGAAAGAACUUGUUUCAAUUCAUCAAAUUUGGAGAAAGGAUCCCCAUUAAUCAUUGUCAAUCUACCUGAUCAUGGUUGUGACAUUUGUUUCCCAUCAAUUGAUACAGAAUCUAGUAUCAAUACAUACAUUAAGCAAGAUCUUAAUCUACUUGAUUCAGCCUCUCAAACUGAUAUUCAUGUUAUACUUAACAGCGAUCCUGUUCAACAAAUGUCUCGCGCCGAUGAAAACAUAAUCUGGGAUCAUAGACAUUAUUUACAUGAGCUUCCCUCCGCUUUACCCAAGGUACUCAAGGCUGCACCAUCCUGGAAAUGGUCUUAUCUCAAUGAUAUCUACCAUAUGAUACAAACAUGGAAUUCUUUGCCGGCCGUUGAUGCAAUGCAACUCUUGUUGCCAGCUUUUCUGGACAAAUAUGUUCGAUCUCAAGCUGUCACUUGGAUUAGUAGACUAAGAAACGAUGAAAUCUGUGAUUAUUUGCCUCAGUUAAUUCAAGCUCUUCGCUUUGAACCUUAUUUUGACUCUGCACUAAUUUGGUUUCUUCUGGAGAAAGCUUAUUCAAGUGUUAGGAUUGCUCAUAAUUUAUACUGGUUACUCAAACAAAACCUUGAUGAUCCAAUUUUCUCCUUUAGAUCACGAAUCUAUUUGAAUGCUCUCCUCUUGACUUGUGGUGAAGCUCUUAGAACUCUUUUCGAAAAUCAAGAAGCCCUUUUAAGUAAACUAUCUUUUGUCUCAGAUCAUCUCAAAUCAACUAAAGGUUCACAAAGAAUGGUUACUUUGACUCGAGAUUUGGAACCCGUCGAUGAUUUCCUUUUGACACACCCAUUAGCUUUACCUCUAAGUCCAAGUAUGCAUGUUAUUGGACUAAAUAUUAAAUCUUGUUUUUAUUUCAACUCAAAUACCCUUCCAAUCAAAUUGGCCUUCAAGAGUGAACAAUCAAGCUCUUGUUUUACUCAAAUAGAUGCUAUGUACAAAGUUGGAGAUGAUUUACGCCAGGACUCAUUCACCAUGCAAAUGAUAAAAAUAAUGGAUAAACUGUGGCUUAAAGAAGGACUAGACUUGAAAAUUGUUACUUUUGGAUGUAUUGCCACAGAUUUCCGUAAAGGAUUUGUUGAAAUUGUCAAAAAUGCUGAAACAUUGCGUAAAAUUCAAACAGAAUAUGGAAUAACUGGAUCAUUUAGAGAUAGUUGUAUAUCAGAAUGGCUGCAAAAACACAAUACAAGUGAAUUAGAAUAUCGUAAAUCGGUUGAAAAUUUUACUUACUCAUUGGCAGGUUAUGUGGUCGUUACUUAUGUCCUUGGAAUUGGAGAUCGACACAAUGAUAAUAUAAUGAUAACCACUUCAGGACAUUUGUUUCACAUUGAUUUUGGUAAAUACCUUGGAGAUGCACAAAUGCUUGGUGCAAUUAAACGAGAUCGAACUCCUUUUAUACUAACAAGUGAUAUGGCUUAUGUGAUCAAUGGUGGCGAUAAACCAUCCAAACAAUUUCAAUAUUUUGUCGAUCUUUGCUGUCAGGCAUUCAACAUUAUUCGACGUCACACCAAUCUAUUUCUCAACCUGUUUUCACUCAUGGUUUCAUCUGGUAUUCCCGGCUUAUCCAUUGAAGCGGUUAAAUAUAUCCACCGAACUUUAUUACCCAGUUUAACUGAAGCUGAAGCAACAGCUGCAUUCAAUAAAAUGAUUGGCGAAACCUUAUCAUCGGUCUCUACUAAAUUCAACUUUUUCCUUCAUAACUUGGCCCAAUUGCGAUUCACUAGUGACCACAACGACCCAAGUACCUUAUCUUUUGUUCCCAAAAAGUAUACCAAAGAAACUGAUGGAAGAAUAAUUGGUUUACGAGUUGAAAGUUAUUUCAAAAAGUACGAACCAGAAAAGGUUUACAUUUAUGUGAUUCGUGUUGAAAGGGAGCAUCAAAAAGAUCCUGCUUAUGUUUAUAGAUCUUAUCGUGAAUUUUACGAGCUUCAUCAAAAAAUGACCUCACUAUUUCCCCUGGUUCGUCUCUAUCCAUUAAAUAGAUCAUCUAGUUUUAUGGGAAGAAGUAAUACUCGCGAAGUGGCCGAGAAAAGAGCACCAGAAAUUGAUUUCUUCUUACUAUCAUUGAUGCAUAUGACGGAAGAAAUUGCUCAUAGCGAUAUUGUUUACACUUUUUUCCACCCAAUUCUUCGUGACCAGGAAGCCUUCUCUGGUCAAGGUCAAUCAGGUUCAUCAUCAUUACAUAUUUAUUAAGACUGUCUUUUUAAACAAAAUCAUUAAAUCACCCAAUUGUACUUUUAAAGUCAUUCCCCUUUCUAACACUUCUUAUUGUGUAUGCUGUAUUUUUCACUCUUAACUUUCCUUUUUAUAUUUAAAAAUUGAAACAACCAAA